AUGCCGUCGCUUCAACAUCUACACCCGGAAUAUUGUCAUCGUUCAAGAAAUGGUCUCUAUACAUUUCCGAGCUCUUUCCAUGGCCGGCACAUCCAUCAGGUUCUUGUCAAUGGCCGCAAUGGCUCAAUCCAUACAGUGCCAUCCCACCAUGUCAAGUGCUCUUCGCCAACCACCCCUCCGGCCGAGAGACGUGCCUAUGCCGCGCGAGAGCAGGAGCGCAAGGCAAAGCGGCACUCGACUUCCAGCGAGGACUCGGACUCCUCGAAAUCCACGCCAUCAUCGAUACGCCAUGCUCAUGGCAGACGAGGCCAUGGAAGAUAUGAUCCUACGCUGAAAGCCAAACGUCCCACCUCGGCCAACAAAAUUCCGCCCAAGCACUCGCAGAAAGCACACAAGUCUGCUGAAAUAUCCGACAGACAGGACAGCGACACCGAUUCCUCUUACAGUACCACGGCGCAUGUGCCGCGGCCUCGUCGACACCCAUACAUUUCGCAUCACCAUCAAUCGCACCAGCAUCACCACCGUCAUCGUCACUACGAGGCCCCGCCAGAGCACUACGUGGUCAAAGUCCCAUUUCCGACUCACUGUUCAGACUGUUGCCAGACUGUUGUUCCCCCUACACCUGACGCCUUACCGGCCACCAAAAUUAGGACUCAACCAUCAGUGGAGACCUCAAGAGAGAAUCUCAAAAAGGCCAAGCACUGCUCCUCAAACUGUGCACAUGGCUGUGCAAAUCCACCCAGCUCUUCCAUGGCACAGCGCAAGGACAUCCGUCGCGAAAGACAGCCCGUGGCGACCAAAGCCGUGGUUAUCGUGGACCGCCCAGCGAGCCGGAACAAGGCCCACACUCCCGUCGACGUCAACAUGGAAGGUAUCGAAAACACCGUCACCAUGAUUCGAGGGUGUCUUCCGAUACAGCUCCUUCUGAGCGCGAUGAGUCAGGUUCCGAGAGUAGCAUGGAGGCUCGUGUAG